CCAAUCAGAGGAUCACAGUUUCCGUGACGUCCACCGGAAAAGAGAGGACGCAAACGCAGCACGUAAAACAAAAUAGAUGCCACCACAAAUCAGCGACAGAGGACGUCAAGUCGUCUGCGAAAGUAGCCACCAGUGCUCCUCGUCGGAGUGGAGUUAUAUUUGUAAAAGACUGGAAACACAAACAACGACUCACCUAGACGGCCCUAGUUAGUUAGCUCCAAGAUCAACUGAGUUAACGUUAUUCUGUCAAUCCAAAAAAGUUUCAAGAAAAACCGACGUUUCUCAGACUAAAGGUCAGCUCACCAGGCAGCAGACAUCACCAUGGCCCAGGAAACCAAUCAGAGCCCAGUUCCUAUGCUCUGUGCUAAUGGCUGUGGUUUCUAUGGCAACCCUAGGACCAAUGGCAUGUGCUCCGUGUGCCACAAGGAGCACCUGUCAAGACAGAACAAUGGAGGAGUCGGUUCUAUGAGUGUUAUGGGCAGCAGCAGUGGCCCCACAGCCGAGGCUUCUGCCAUCCAGAGGUUAGGGGCCACCUUGAAUAAUGCUGCGGCUGCUGCCGUGGCUGCUGCAGAGGUGGCAGCUGAGGCCGCCGCUUCUGCUGAGGCUGCUGCCUCCGUGGCUUUCAGUGGGGUUUCAGCUACCAGAUCUGUAACACAACAGAUGACUGAGAUGAGUCUCUGCUGUGAGGAGAAAGGAGCAUCAGGGAGCAACGUGGAGCUCACAGAGCCAGUGUUGACUCAGCCCACAUCCUCAGCCUCUCAUCCCUCCGCGGCUGGCAGCAGGGAGUCCAAAGCCCCGGAGCCCCCAAAACCCAAGAAGAAUCGCUGCUUUAUGUGCCGCAAAAAGGUUGGCCUUACAGGUUUCGACUGCCGCUGUGGGAAUCUGUUCUGUGGACUUCACCGUUACUCCGAUAAGCAUAACUGUCCGUACGACUACAAAGCUGAAGCUGCCGACAAGAUUCGCAAAGAGAACCCCGUGGUCGUUGCCGACAAGAUCCAGAGAAUAUGAAGAGGACGCUGUUUUACUUUGAACACUGGGAGCGAUCGGCUUUAAAAAAAAAAAAAAAAAAAAAAAUGGACUCGACCCCAACCUUCUUCCUGAAGGACCUGUUUUUUUUUUUUUGUUUUUUUUUCUCCCGUCGUUUGUUACACAUUCAAGACAUUUUCCCCUAGUGCAUGAAAAGUUCACCUAUAUUUUCAGCGUUCAUUCUUGUUUGUAUGAGUUUAUCAAUUUUGGAGGGUUGUUUGUGAGGAUGGGGGGGGGGAUAAGAUGCUGUUGACAGCCACGCAGGCUGUUUUGUGAUCCUCCGGAGAUGGCUUGAACUCUGCCUGGAAUGAGCUCGGACACCUGGGCCUGUUUGGACUCUCCGACUUUUACUGCUGAUGGCCGAUGGUGCCAUCUCCGUCGUGCUUGCUCUCUGCUGGCUUGAGUAGCAAAAUGGAUUUUGUCUUUUUUUUUUUGGUUUUUGGCCUCCACCUAACUCUGUGAGGUUAGAGUUUAACCCUCCUUACUUGUCAGACUUUGCGUCCCUGGUAAGUUUCAUCAACCUGAAAUGCUUCUCUGUGCCGCUGGAAUCUCAUCUACUCUGCCCCCCCACGCCGCGACACACAGCUCAGACAUAUUGCUAAAGAGACUUUAAAAGAAGAGACUUUGUCGCGAGCCCUUUUCUUGCUGGCUCAUAUUCUUACCCUCCUGCUGUGUGCGUGUGCGCGGCACUAGAAACACAACGUAGUUUGACAGUUUACUCGUUUCUUCUGUUGAUCUCGGGCUGAAUGCUGUGACCCGCUCUGUACCCAGGCUCUGGAUAGCAGGCGUUUCGACUUCCUGCUUUUUACGUCCCUCAAAACCAUCCGCUGAAGUCCCAGGACGAUUCACGUCACCUGGCAGUUUAAUGUUUGUUUUCCAGAAAAAAAGUGGUGUGUAUGCUGCUGUGUGUUUGUUGUAUGACAAGUAGCCUAAACUUGUAUUAAUGUUUGCCUUUAGAAGGGUUUAGCUCCACUAAUAUUUUCAUCUUUUACUUCACUAUUGAAUGAUUUCCCCUUUUUUGUUGUUUUUUUUUAAAAAAGAAAAUGUGAGCUGACAAAUUCACAAUAUUGGGAGUGUUGGACUGUUGCAUACUGUGUAUUGAACAUAAGUGUGUGUGUGUGUGUGUGUGUGUGUUUGCAGGAGUACAUGUGGACGGCUGGCGUGUGAGUAUCGUAUGAGGUGAAGUGGUUGUGUGCUGUGGUGACUUAGACCUGUGGUCGUAGGUUAUUAAUCAUUUUCCGUUUUUUUGAUUUUUGGUCUGGCUGCUUAAUCGGAGUGUUUUUGUUUUUUUACCCUUUAGUUAUGCAAGUUUGUACAAACCUCUUUAUUUAUAUACUGCAGUGCGCGUAAUCUUCCAAUAAUAAAGAAAAAAAAUGUAUGAUGUAAAUAAAUUAUGUUCACAAAUAUAAAAUCAA